AUGAAAGAAGAAGAGAAAUUAGAAGAGCCCGCGAGCCCAGGAGCCCGUUUAAUGCAGGCUCCGGGCUUUGAUCUCUGCAUAUUAGCCGCCAUGGGUUAUUCGACAAAGAUCGACCUCGACUUGUUUAAGAAGGAACUAGGGCAAAACGUAGCUAAACAUCCUCGCUUUUGUAGUUUGAUG